GAGCGCCGGGCAAGGCCGGAGAGGCUCUGCCUGCGUUCGGAGGGGCUGAACCCUGUGCGGCACGCUCAGGACUUUCAUAGCGGAGGGUGUUCUGCAGAGAAAAAGUUCUUCGAGUUCCAUCCGUCCAGGACUGGUUUCCUCUCUGCUGUCACCAUGGCAAUGUCACUUAGAACUGCAUGGCCCAGCCUCCUUUGGAUGCGUUCAGCAGCAACCUGUAAGCAGGUCCCUCUGCAGAAUGGAGCUGUGUAUCAUGCUUGCCAUAAAUCUACAUACUCAGUUCUCCCUGAAGACUAUAAUUGCAAAGUGGAACUUGCAGUGACAUCCGAUUCGAAGACAAUUGUCUGCUACCACCCUUCGCUUGAGAUUCCAUACGAGCAUACAAAACCCAUACCACGGCCAGAUCCAGUGAAUAAUAAAGAAGAAAACCUUGAUCAAGUUUUAAAAUCCAGAUUGAAUGAAAAAGAGCUAAAGAACAGUAGAGGUCCUACAAUUGAAGAGCUCAGCAAAAUGUUUUACACAACAAAACAUCGCUGGUAUCCUGUGGGACAGUAUCAUAGAAGACGCAAGAAUCCUAAUCCUCCCAAAGACCGAUAACCGAGACAACUUCUUGUUCAUCAGGACUUUGCUGUUAAUUUUGAUUGGAAAUAAAAGUUACAGAAGGUGACAUGUUUGGCUGUAACAGAACAUGCUUAACUUGAUUUGACUGUUAUUUUCUACUAAAAGCAGCAAAAUGGCACUGACAAAACAGGGAGUCAGUGAAGGCAGUUGUGCAUUCCUGGUCAGCAAAUAGACUAGUCUUAGAUCAGGAUGUAACAGGGAUGUAGUGCUCUGAUUAAAUUCAAGAGGUCAGAGGCUUGUCAUUGGUCAAGUGAAGUCAAAAUGGGAAGUCUAGAAAUGGAUGUGUUAGGGUUUGGUGGUUUUGAGUGGGAUAAGUAUUUUUUUUUCUUUUAGGAAUCCAGUAAGGUGAGCUUGACUAUUGAAGUGUUAAUGGUAUAGUUUCUAUUAAAAAUAUUAUAUGAGGUAUUUGUGAAAACAAAUAGUUUUUCUUCUUCUGUUACACUUGUGAGAUACCUGGCUCCAUGUUCAAUUCUACAUCACCGAAGUGAUUGAUUGUAGUUAAGCCUGUUGUUGUGUAUGGAAAACUGGCCAACUUGGUUAAUUUUUAGCAUCCAAGUCACAGUAACUUGCUCUUCUAAAUAAUCCAGUAUUCUCAGAUAUCUAAGAACUUCUGUGUGCAUUUGUGGUUCAUGGGGGGGUUUUUGCCUGUUUAAUUCCACCCCAACUACCACUCAGUGAGGAUGCUGUGUUCAUACAUAAGCUGGAAUAGCUGUAUCACAGUAGGAGUUUGGUCUGAUUCUACUUCAUUGCUUUAUCAUUUUGUAGUGCUUAAAUGUUCUUCCUCUUGUAAUAUUCUAUGUCAUGUAGCAUUUUUCUCCUUCAGGAAAAGGGAAAAAACCUUUGUUCCAGUCUACAGUUUUAGGCAUCAGCCCUCUAAUAGAAAGAUAGAUCUAAUAGAUCUAUGCUGCUGCAGUGAUCCCAGUGACUUCAUAAAGCCUUCUUAGUAGAUCCUUCUAAAUAAUGAGAAAAUAAUUAUCUCAUGUACAUCGUAUAUUUUUAUUGCAUUUCCCUUCCAAAGCAAUUUGGAGAACCAAGGAAGGGGUUUGUUUCUUCUGUUAGUCUAGUGUCAUUUUGCCAGCAUGCAUUUUCUACAGAUUUUGCUAGAAGUCAAGUACCACUCACUCAUCUUCUCAGUUGAGAUGUAGAGAAACUACAUCUCAACUGUUAGUUAGUUUCUAAAGAUACUACUGAAUAACCUUUUUCCCUUGAACAUCCUUUAUGUGUGAAAAAAGCAAUGUAGGAUGUGUGUAAAAAGGCUGCCUUUAAACACUUGUGGGAAUUUAUACAGAAAACUAGUGCCAGUGCAUUUUUAACUCCAAAGCUGGGCAGCUGAUAAUGGUUUAUCAUGGGAGAGCAUGAAAUCCUUUUGCUCCUUCACUCUGUUGUGCUUAUAAGAUAUCAGAGGCUGUGCUCCAGCCAACAUUAGCCAAGUGAUUUUGGCUUCUUAUUAAUGGUUUGUUGCUCACAUAAUAAGUCUGCUAUUGUGAAGUAAUGUCUGUGGGGUCUCUGUGAAGGAUGGCUGUUUAACUCUUUAAGUUCAAUUGCAUGAACAUAAUAGUGGCUUUUUCUGCCUGGAAUAUAACUUUUUGAAUAGAUUGUAGCAAUUUGUAAUGCAACACAUUUUGGUAUUUCAUCAGUUUGUGGUGCCUGGUGAGGACUCUGGUGUAUAAGUGAGCUUACUUGCAUCUCAUGCAGUGUUUUAUGUUCCAGUGCAUAAAAUUGAGUUCCUUUUAUUUUUGGAAAGCUGAGACCUAAUUUGUCACCGUUUGACUUCAGUGUAAGAAGAGAUAUCCUCGGACUAAUUUAAACUUAAAAUUAUUUUCCCCCAUUCUUUUUCCCAUAUUUUUGCUUACUGCUGCCUAAUGCUGCUAAGAAACUUUGCUCUACAGAGAAACCUUUACAGUCAUAACCUUCUGCUAUGACAUUUGUCUGUUCUUGCCUGUCAAACCCUGUUUGUGAUCAAACAUCCACAAUCACUCUAGAAAUACUGGCUUUUACAUUGUUUCCCAAACACUUUUGGAUGCUUUUCAGGCAUUUUGAGAGCUACAAAUCUAUGAUGUGCUUGGCUGCUAUCUUUAAAGUACUUCCUCUUCUGACCAGUGGCUGAAAAUUAUUUUCUCAUAUGUCUAUAACACAUGUUCACUACAUGUAGCAUGUGCCCUUUUGUUACUAAUUCGUAACAUUGGUGUUUUAAAAUCUUUCCCUGCAUUGUGAUGCUGCUUUCAGUCUUACUGUUUUCUUCUACUAAAUCUUUUUCCUGGGUUACCCGAGGCAUGACACAAUUAAAAUACUACUCUCACAGUAA